CUGCCCUCUGCACACACACGCACGCACUCAGAACGCGCGCUACUUCGUUCGCUCAGUCAGUCAGAGUUUGAGCAUCGUUCAGCACGUGCGGGGCGAAUCAAUCUGGACAAACACGCGUUUAUUGCAGCUUUGUUUGCGGAUUCUUCUGGGAAGUUCAUCGGCUCUGUGGAUGAGAUGUUUGUGACCGUGGCUUUGCUGAUAUUAAUUCAGAGCAUCGCUGUUGUCCCUGUCACCGUCACCAGCCGCAGUCCUCAAGUGGAAGUGCAUGAGUUCUCGGAUGCCGAGCUCUCCUGUGAGUUCAAGACAGAGAAUGAAAUGAAUCCUCGCAUUGAGUGGAAGAAGAUAGACAAGGAUGUGUCAUUCGUUUAUUAUGACGGCCAUUUCGUAGGGCCAUUUCAUGAUCGUGCUGAGAUUAAAGGGGCAACAGUGCGGCUGCGCAGAGUGACUCAGGUCGAUGCGGGCAAGUACCGCUGUGAGGUCAGCGCUCCGCUGGACUCCAUCACGCUGGGAGAGACCAACGUCACACUGAGAGUGCUGGUGCCUCCACAAACACCAUUGUGCGACGUGCCCAGCUCUGCUCUGACAGGCUCUCAGGUGGAGCUGCGUUGUAGGGACCAGCACAGCAUCCCGCCCGCUGUCUACACCUGGUUCAAAGAUAACCGCGCUCUGCCCAUCCGCCAGCCCAACGCCACAUACACGGUCAACGAGUUCACCGGCAUACUGACGUUCCAGACUGUUAGCAGAGCCGAUACGGGUCAGUAUCACUGUGAGGCCAAAAACGGUGUGGGACCCGCCAAGAGCUGCCAGGGCACACACAUGCAUAUCGAUGAUCUGAAUGUGGCGGCGGUGAUAGCCGGAGUGGUUCUGCUGUGCCUGAUCAUGCUGUUUUGUGUUUUCGGAGCGUGUUACGCCCAUCGGCACGGAUACUUCAGCCGACACAGAGGAAGGUCAUUCUGGAUCACGCAGUGUCACGGCACGGCUCACAUUAGCAGCCAGAACCUCCACAGAACCGAACACACCCAACAUUCGGGCUACAGUCAUCCUCCAAAGGAAGAUUUCAAACACACUCAGUCGUUCAUGCUGUGAUGUGAAAACGACGGAUGGAUGGCAAUUGUUGUGACACUGGAACUACCAUGAAGAACUCGAUAACAGUCGGUCUCUCUAUUGCAAUAAUAAUCUUCCAAAGGCCUCUGAUGAAGCGAUCAUCACAUGAAUGAACCAGAUCAACUGGAGCGACUGAAGUGUUUGACUGGUGCCUUUAAACGAGUUGAGUAGAGUCUGAUUGAUGACAUGUGACACGUCGUGCCUUUCAUUUCAACUCAAUCAUGUCUGUGUCUACUGAGUGUGAUGGUGGGAAUCAUGGAAUGGCGUGAAUUAUUGUAUAUUUUAUCUAUAUUUGUUUUUUUAAUAAAGUUUUUUUGUCUGAA